AUGUCGAAGUUAAUAAGUUUAACAAUAAAAGGUAUCAGGUUAUUCAAUCCAGAACCUAAAGAAGAAUACAAACAGACCAUUAAUUUCGAUAAUAAUAUUAUUUUAAUCACAGGUCCAAAUGGAUCUGGAAAAACAACAAUAUUUGAGUCAUUACAAUACGCAUUGACAGGAUUAUGUCGUAAGAAGUCUGCAGGUAUUGGAUUCUUCUACGAUAUCAAUGUUCUUGGCAAGAAAGACUACAUGGCUGAAUGCAGAUUAAAAUUCCAAGCAGUAGAUGGCAAGAUAUACGAAAUUGUACGCAAGACUAAGAUUUCCAAGUCCGGAAAGAAGUCCAAACUGAAGACACAAGAGUCAAAAAUCCUUGACGAGCACCAAAAAGAAGUUUAUUCAAAACCAGACACAGUCGAACAACAAAUACCACGCUUACUUGGCAUUCCUAAGGCCAUCCUUGAGAAUGUCAUCUUCUGCCAGCAGACAGACCAAUGUUGGCCGAUCGAAUUGAAUGAUAAAGAUCUUAAAUUACGUUUUGACACAAUUUUCGGCUCAGACAACUACGAAUCCGCCAUUGGCCAGAUCAAAGAGCUCAAGAAGAACAAGGACAAAGAGCUCGUCCAGCUCCAGAAAGAAGAAAUAAAUUAUAACAAAGAUUACGAACAAAAAGUGAAGAAUGAAGAAGAUCUGCUCAAGAAAACUAGGGAAAUCAACGAAAUCGAGCAAGAAAAGAAGGAAAUCGAUGUAGAUUUAACAAGAUUACAUCAAAUUGCCGAUAACAUUGAAGAGAAACAAGGAAAGAUCAAAGACCUUGAAAACGUAAUUUCCCAGAAAGAAGGACAACUCAAGAUCAUCAAAGAAUCAAUAGAUUCAUUUGAAAUGAACCAUGAAAGGGUCCAAAUGACAAUUUCUAGUUGCGAAGAUCUCAAGGCAUCACUAGAAAGCGAACUCCAGUCAAACAGAGAAACAAUCAAUUUGGCUAAAUCUCAAAUCGAAAUGAAGAAACACGAUUACGAGAGAGUCAAACGAGAAAUAACCGAAAGGACACAAAAAUUGAAAGAUCUCAAGUCAAAAUCCGAAAAUUUCAAUUUUGAAAAAACAAAUUUUGAAAAAUUAAUUUCGGAUUUCAAGAAUAACUAUGGUACAGAUGAUUACCAAGAGUACUACAAGAAGAUCGAAUCAGAGAAUUCAUCAAAAACAGAAAAUUUGAAGAAAUUAAAACGAGAUAUCCAAAAUCUCGAAAAUGAUUUCAAAAACGAACAAGAAAAACAAAGAGAAGAAGUCGACGAACACAACAGACAACUGACUGAAGUAAAGACAGAGCUGAAAUCAUAUGAUGAACAAUUGAAUAAAUUAGAAGAUUAUUCACAAGAAGGAUAUGAGAAUCUGAUCAAAGAAACACAACUAGCUAAAGACAAACUUGAUGCUGAACUAAGAAGUGAUGAUUCAUAUGAUAAAAUCUCAUCAAAAAUCAAUGAAAUCAACAAUGAAAACAAAAAUAUCAAUAAAUCAUUGACAGAAAAGAAAGAAAUCAUUAAGAAAUUGGAGAGUCAAAGAUCAAUAAAUAAUCAAAUUAAUGAUAAUGAACAGAAGAUAUCUAAAAAUAAGAAAGAAAUCAAAUCAAAAAUCAAUGAAAUCAAAGAAUUGAUUCAUGAAGAGAUUGAUGAAGAAAAUUUCUCAAAAAUCAUCAAGGAAAAACAAAAAUCAUUGAACAACGAAGAAAAUUCUAUUCGUGUCGAAACAGACAAAGAAAAGACUAAAUAUGAAAAAAGUCAAAUCGAAUUAGAUUCUAAAGAAAAAUCACUUGAAAACAAAAAUAAAACAAAAAAUGACAUUGAAUCAGAUUUAAUCGAAAAUCUUGGAAGUACCGAUUUUGAAAACGAGUACAAAAAGUACAAAAAUGAACAAGAAAAUCUUCAAAAACUUAUUUCACUUGACACAAAAAGUCAAAGUAUCUAUGAAGAAUUUGUUUCAGAGAGUCGAAGUGAAUCAUGCCAAUGUCCUCUUUGCAAGAGAAAGUUCAAAGAUAACUCAGAACGUGACGAAUUCAUCAAAAACGAACUUGAAAAAGUUUUGAAAGAUCUUCCUUCAAAAAUCGCAUCAAAUGAAGAAAAAUUGAGAAAAGUCAGCGAAAAAAUUGAGAGUAUUGAAAAUCUUCGAGACAAACAUUUUAUUUAUCAACAAGUUUUAGAAGAUAUUCCUAAACUUGAAGAAGAAAUCGAUACCUUGAAAUCUAAAAGAGAUCAAAACUUCGAAGAAUAUCAGCAAAUCAAACAAAAUUAUGAUGAAAUUCGAUCUAAAAAAGAAAAAUUUGAACAUGAAGUCAUUCCUAAGAAGAACGAUGUAGAAAGAUUGAUUUCUUAUGUUAGUAAAUACGAAUCAGAAAAUGAUAAUUUGAGAUCAAAACUCAACAAAGAUUUGCCAAAUUUGUCUGUAAUUGAAGAAGAAAAAAGAAUUUUGGAAGAUAAAUCUCAAAAUUUACAAACAGAACAAGCAAAUUUAAUGAAGAAAUUGACAGAAGCAAGUGACAGAAAAUCAAAACUACAAAGUCGUUAUAAUGAAGUAAAUAAUAAAUUAAACGACUACAAAUCAAAAUUUGAUGAUAAAAAUAAAAUUAAAGAAAAAAGACAAAAACGUGGCAUCAAAAAACGUGACAUCGAAAAUAAAUUGAUCGAAAUUGAGAGAAUAAACAAAGAAAUGAAUGAAGCUAAUGCACAGAACCUUGAGAGUAUUAAGAAAGCUACGAAUGAACUCCAACUAGAUGUAGACAAACUAAACAAUGAUUUCAUAAAAAUCAAGAAUGAUUUUGAGAAAAUUUCUAAAUCGAAAGAAACAAUUUCGAAAUAUUCUGUAGAUGAAACAAACAGAAAGAUCUACGAACUUGAGAAAACAAUCAAAGAAAACGAAGACAGUUUGCAGCAAUUAGAUGAGAACUUAAAGAAAUGGGAAAAGAAACAAGAAGCUGAUCAACAAAACAUGGAUGAAAUCAAAAUUAAAUUGGAAGAAAAUAAUUUAGUUCAUGACUAUUUACAAAAGGUGCAGAAAUAUAAAGAAAUCGAGCAUGAAAAAGAGGAAUUAUUAAGAGAAUUAUCUGGAUUUGCAAAUAUCGAUGAUCUUAAAAACAUCGAUAGAAUCAAACAAGAAAUAUUAAAUAAAGAAAAGAGAUCAAGUGAAUUACAAGGUUCUUAUUCACAUCUGGAUAAAGAACUCAAGGAUUUGUCAAAAAUAUUGAAUAAUAGAUAUAAAGACACAAAUAAUAAUUUGACAGAAAUAAGGUUAAAAAUAGCCGCAACGGAAAUGACGAUAAAAGAUCUGACAAAAUUUGCUGAGCAGUUGAAUAAUUCCAUUAUGGAAUAUCAUCAACGGAAAGUACUUGAAAUCAAUGAAUUACUCAAAGCGUUUUGGGAAAAAUCGUAUCAAAGCAUGGACAUUGAAAAUAUUUCUAUCGUCGCACAUUCAAGUACUGAAAAUAAUGAGAGUAAAAGUGGCAGAAUUUCAUAUGACUACAAAGUUGUCAUGUUCAAGAGCGGCCAAGAAGUAGAGAUGAGCGGAAGAUGCAGCGAAGGCCAGAAAGUAUUGGCAAGUUUGAUAAUAAGAAUGGCGUUGGCGAAAGCAUUUGGUUGCAGCAUUUUGGCUUUAGAUGAACCAACAACGAAUUUGGAUAGUGAUCAUAUGAGUAAUUUCGCGUUUUUGUUGUCGAAUGAUUUCAAGACUAUGCUUGAAAAUCAACAACUUCUGUUGAUUACUCACUCUGGAGAUUUCGUUGAUAAAGUCAGCACUGAUAGCGAUAUUCAACACUUUUAUCAACUUGAAAUCGAGUCUAUCGAUGGACACUCAUUCUCUUGUAUCCAUCAGAAGGAUUCUAAAUAUUUGCAGAUGGAUCAAUAA